ACCGACCACAAUUUACAAAAAAAAUUAAAAAAAAAAAAAUCAGGCGGCUGUUUAGGUAUACGACACGUUGAAUUCGUUUUCAAAUUAUAUGAGGUUACCCCCUGAAGGGUGUUAAAGUAUUUCUGUGGAGAGAAAAAGGAAACGCUGGGUCCAUUUGAAGUCUACCAAGCAGAAAUUGUCGAAACAUGACUGGAUUUACAUCUGAAUCAAGUUAUAGUAGCAAUGAAGAAAAGCAAGAUGAUAAAAACUCAUGGGAAGAGGAUUCAAUUGACUCAAGUGUUGCUGAUCAUGACGAACAAGAAGUUGAAAUAGAAGAUUCUGAUAAUGAAGAAGUUGGAGAAAAAAAUAAAGAUGCCACUAAUUCUGGUAGUAGUUCUUCCAGAAGUAGCAGCGAAAGCAGUAACGAAGAUGAAGUGAAACGACCAGUAAAAAAAGAUAAUAGGGUGUGGGAAGACAAUCCAGAUAUAUAUGGGAUACGGCGAUCAAGCAGACAAAAAAAAGAACCACAGCGUCUAAAUGUAAUGUCAGAUGACAGUGGAUCUGAUUAUGAUAAAAAAAAAAAGAAAAAGAAAUCAGACAACUGGGUCCCAACUCUAAGUGGUAGCGAAAGUGUUGAAUCAGAUUCAAGUUAUGAAAUUCCUCAAAGGACUAUGCACAAAAAAAGAAAUAUUGCUCAGAUAAAACAGAAGUGUAAGCGUGUUCAAUAUGCUGAUUCUGAUUCUGAUGAUUUUGGCAAAAAAAGAGUUAAAAACAAACGAGAAUUUAAAAAAACGAAUGCGCGAUUGUCAUCAAAUAAAGUGAGUUAUAAGGAGGAUAGUGAAGACGAAACUGACCCUGAUGACUUGAUUGAACUUGAAGAAACUUCUAACUCAACACCAAAUGAUGUUGAAACCAUUGAAAAAGUCACAAGACACAGAAUUGGUGUUCCAGGAGCUACAGGAUCAAAUACUACUAUUUAUGCUCAACAAGAAGAAUCUAAGGAUCAAAUACAGAAAGUUACUGGGGAAACAGAAGUUCAAUAUUGCAUUAAAUGGAAAGGUUGGUCCCACCUUCAUAAUACCUGGGAAUCAAAAGAAACCCUUCUUCAGCAAAAAUGUGCUGGAAUGAAGAAAUUAGAGAAUUAUAUUAAAAGAAUGGAUGAUAUAGAAAAAUGGAAAAAGAUUUCUUCACCUGAGGACAUUGAGUAUUUUGAAUGUCAACAAGAAAUGAAUGAAGAAAUUCACAAACAAUACCAGCAAGUUGAAAGAAUCAUAGCUCAUCAAUUUAAUUCUGAAUCAUCAUCAACAUACCCAGAUUAUCUUUGUAAAUGGCAAGGCCUACCUUAUUCAGAUUGCUCCUGGGAAGAUGGUAGUCUAACUGCACGUUUUUUUCAAACACAAAUUGACGAAUAUUUAGAUAGAGAAAGAUCAGAAACUACUCCUAACAGAAACACCAAGUGUUUGCGAACGCGACCAAAGUUUGUAGUUUUUAAAUCACAACCAGCAUUCCUUGGUAAUCAAACUCUUCAAUUGCGUGAUUAUCAACUUGAUGGCAUAAAUUGGUUAGUUCAUGCAUGGUGUCGCGAAGUUUCUUGCAUAUUAUCUGAUGAAAUGGGGCUGGGUAAAACAAUUCAAACAAUUUCAUUUCUUUCUUAUUUAUUCCAUACUUAUUCACUGUAUGGGCCAUUUCUAAUUGUUGUACCACUUUCAACAAUGGAUGCUUGGGCCAGAGAAUUUCGUUUAUGGGCUCCUGAAAUGAAUGUUAUUGUUUAUAUUGGUGAUGCAAAUUCGAGGCAGAGUAUUCAAGAGUAUGAAUGGUGCAACAAGAAAACAAAGAGGCUAAAGUUCAAUGUUUUGUUAACAACAUACGAGAUGCUGCUUAAAGAUAAGGAAAAGCUUGGAUCUAUUUAUUGGGCAUGCUUAAUGAUUGAUGAAGCACAUAGAUUAAAAAAUGAUGACUCAUUACUAUAUCGAAUGUUGAUAGAUUUUCGAACCAACUAUCGCUUGCUUAUAACUGGAACUCCUCUUCAAAAUUCCCUCAGAGAAUUGUGGGCAUUAAUGCAUUUUAUCAUGCCAAAUCAGUUUAAUUCUUGGGAAGAUUUUGAUAGUAAAUAUUCUGUAUCUGAUAAAGAUGGUCUGCAAAAACUUCAUAGAGAUUUGGAACCUUACUUAUUACGAAGAGUUAAGAAAGAUGUAGAAAAAUCAUUACCUGCAAAAGUAGAGCAAAUUCUUCGUGUUGAAAUGUCACAGAUCCAAAAACAGUACUAUAAGUUGAUUCUUACACGAAACGUCCAUGAAUUAUGCAAAGAAUUAAAGGGAAAGUUUACUGGCUUGCUAAAUAUAAUAGUUGAACUUAAAAAAUGUUGUAAUCAUUCUAAUUUAAUCAAACCGUCAGAGCUGUGUUUAAGUGAUCCUUCUAUGUUACAGACACUAAUUAGAGGAAGUGGUAAAAUGAUUUUGCUUGAUAAGCUUUUAUGUCGUUUGAAAGAGACAGGUCACAGGGUUUUAAUUUUCUCUCAAAUGGUACGCAUGCUUGAUAUCAUUGCAGAUUACCUUUGUAUUAAAAGAUUUCAAUUUCAGAGACUAGAUGGUUCUAUACGUGGAGAUAAACGCAAGCAAGCUUUAGAUCAUUUCAAUGCUGAAGGAUCUCAAGAUUUUUGUUUCUUGCUGUCAACUCGUGCAGGUGGUCUAGGUAUAAAUUUAGCCUCUGCUGAUACUGUAAUUAUAUUUGAUUCUGAUUGGAAUCCACAAAACGAUUUACAGGCUAUGGCACGAGCUCACAGAAUAGGUCAAAAAAAUCAAGUAAACAUUUACAGAUUUGUUACAAAAAAUACUGUUGAGGAAGAUAUUAUUGAGCGUGCAAAAAAAAAGAUGGUUCUUGACCAUUUGAUUAUUCAACGAAUGGAUACUACUGGAAGAAGAAUUCUUUCAAAAUCUAAUAAUGCCCUUUCUUCAGCAAGUGUUCCAUUUAAAAAAGAAGAACUUUCCAGCAUUUUAAAAUUUGGAGCUGAAGAGUUGUUCAAGGAUCAUGAUCACGAAUCUGAUCAAAAGUUACAUGCAAUGGACAUAGAUGAGAUACUGCAACGUGCUGAAACACAGGAUACUGUUGAUUCUAUAAACAGUGUUAGCGAAGAGCUGUUAUCUCAGUUCAAGGUAGUGAACUAUGCUGCAUUUAACGAAGAAGAUAUUAAAGCAGAGUUGACAACACCAAUCCAAAAGCUUUGGAAUGAAAUUAUUCCCGAAGAAGACAGAAAACAAGUUGAAAAUGAGCUUGAAGAAGGAAAAAAUAGUACAUUAAAACCUAGAAGUCGUAAAACAGUUGUAAAGAUGCAUGUUGGUGUUGAAUCCAAAAAAGUUAAAUCUAAAGAGAUUGUUGAUACUGACACAUCAACUGAUUCUGACUCUGGUAAUGAAGAUGCUAAAGUUUUAAAAAAGCCAAGUAGAAAAUCAAAAGUUGUAUCUAAAGAUGAAAUUAAAGGUUUUUCAGAUGCUGAGAUCAGAAGAUUUAUUAAAAGUUUCAAAAAAUUUUCAAGACCAAUGACAAGACUGGAUUCUAUUGCUGAAGAUGCUGAACUAACUGAAAAGCGGUUAAGCGAACUCCAGAAUCUUGGUACUUUACUAAAAUUGUCAUGUGAGCAAGCUGUUAAAGAAUACCAAGAGAAGUUGCAUCAGGAUGAAAAUUUUGAUGGAAGAAAAAAAGGUGCUACAUUAAAGAUCGGAGGUGUUACAAUUAAUGCACCAUCAGUUUUAAAAGCAGAAAUUGAUCUUGAACCGUUAUCACUUUGUUUACCUAAUGAUCAUAAAAAUCAAAAAAGCUAUAGAUUAACUACCCCAACGCGUAGUGUUCAUUGGGGCAUACCUUGGGGUGUUGUUGAAGAUUCGAUGCUGCUUGUUGGAAUUUUAGUUCAUGGUCUUGGAAACUGGGAUGCCAUAAAAAAUGAUCAUUCUCUUAUGUUAAAUGGAAAAAUUUUACCUAAUAAUAAUGGUAAACCACAAGAUAAGCAUCUGCAAUCAAGAGCAGAGUACCUUUUAAAACUUCUUAAAGAACAAAAUAACCAACUUGAUGAAAAAUCUAAAAAGAAAAAGAAAAUUCAUUCAAAACCUUCUGUUGUUAAACAAGAGACAGACUUGCAGAUUGAUAUAGAGGAGAAGAACUUAAAAAACAAGAAAGAUAUAACAAAGAAUACACGGAACUCUAUACCUCGCAAAAAACAAUUAUUACAGCCAACAUCUGAAUCGGUUCCCAUAGAAACAGGGUCUUCAAUAGUAAUAAAAGAAAUCAAUGACAUGAGUGAUAGUAUUUUUAAAAAGUGUAAAGAAAAAAUGCGACCAGAACGUAAAUCACUUCAACUUCUUCACACUCCUGAUGAAAGCAUGCCUCAAGAAGAUCAAGUUAAUACUACCAAACGGUGUUUGCUAAAAAUUGGUGAUCAUAUCGAGAAGUCUCUUGAUGAAUACAACAUAAAUACGUUAGAGCAAGAUACCUGGAGAAGUAACUUGUGGUCAUUUGUUGCAAAAUUUACAGAACUCAGUCCUGCUAAAUUACACAAACUUUAUCGAACAGCAUGUCGCAAGCGAGAUACACAAAAGGAUGAAGACAAAAAGGAGGCUGAGAAAAUAAAAAUAAACCAAGCACGAGAAGUAGUUAAAAAUGUACCCCCUGAUCGAUUACAACUUGAAGCUGCUAGAAAAAAAACUUUAGGUCUUAAUUCUAAUUCCAAUAAAACACUGAAAAGCGAAAGGAUACCACAAAAAAAACCAAAUGAGUUGCAAAAAACCGCUUCUACAAAAACUGACUCAAAUAUUAUUGAAGAAAAGUUGACGAAGCGAGAUGUUUCAAAUCGCUCUCAACAAUUAUCGAGUUCAUCGAGUGAUAACAUCAAUAAUCGAAAUCGUUUUAAAACUAACGAAUAUAACAAUACGUCAAUCCGAGAUGAAAAGUGUCGAACUACACAAGUUCAAACUACUUAUCGUGAAUGGAAAGAGGCUCAAAAUAAUAAAAAUAUUCCUUUUGAUGAAAAACCGUGUAAAGAUAAACUCUAUAAUUCAAGACCUGACCAUUAUGAAAAUACAGAUAAAAAACCAUAUGACGGUAAUAAAAACUCUGAGCGCUCACAUUUUCCUAUUUACGAUCCACGAUCUCGUCCUCGUCAAUAUGGAGAAUUGAAUUCGGAACACGCGGACCAUAUUUAUACUUCUCCUUCUGAUUCUCAGUCUCCCUUAUAUUAUGGAGAUUCUCGUAAACGAACUCGUACCUCAAGUAACAAUAGUGACAUUUCUAAUUUUUCUAAUUCAAAGAAGUUUUACGCAGGAGUUUAUCAUAAUUCUAGAGACGAUUCUUAAACUUUAACCUUUCAAAUUUUGGUAUAAUUUUUAUAUAUAGCAAUUCAUGUUUCUUAAUGGAAGAUAUAUCGUUUAAUUAAA